AUGUGUCUGAAAGAAGAAUACAACAAAGUUCUAAAGGAAUAUGUUUCUUUAAAACACAUGUCCUUUGUGCCACCAUGUAGUUUGAACCUUUCCAGUCCGCACUUUUACCUACCGCAUCACGCUGUGGUAAAACCAGAUAGCGCUUCGACAAAGGUAAGAGUUGUGUUCAAUGCAAGUGCAUCUACACACAAAGAAAUAAGUCUUAACGACAUUCUUUACAGUGGCCCUGCUUUGCAAAACGAUUUGCAAACUAUUUUGUUAAGAUGGCGAUUAUAUCCAUAUGUUUUCAAUAGCGAUAUUGAAAAGAUGUAUCGCCAAAUAUAUGUUCACCCGAGUCAUCGAAAAUUCCAAAGGAUUAUCUGUCGAUCUUUUGAGUCAGAAUCAGAUUUGGCUGAUUUUGAAAUCAACCGAGUUACUUUUGGAGUUAACUGUGCUCCAUACUUAGCAAUCCGAACGUUGCACCAGCUUGCUUUGGACGAAGAAAAUAAAUAUCCCUUAGCAAAAGAUUUUUACGUUGAUGAUGUUUUCUCUGGAGGUUUCAGUCUGGAUCUAGUCUUCAAGAUUCAGGAAGAAUUGAAAGCACUUCUUUUGACUGGCGGAUUUAGUUUGAAGAAAUGGACCGCUAACCACCCUCGCUUGUUGGAAAACAUCCCUAGGGGGGAUGUUUUAGAUCAACACUUUCUUAUGUUCGAAGAGUCUUCACAUUCGAAAGUUCUGGGCGUUGGGUGGAAUGCGAGGGAAGAUUCAUUUUAUAUUCGUUGUGAACUAUUUCCUCUACCAGAUUCUGUUAUGACAAAACGUGAAUUGUUUUCAAAUAUUUCAAAAAUAUAUGACCCUAUCGGUUGGCUAGCACCAACAACAAUUUUAUUAAAAAUAUUGAUGCAAGAUGUCUGGAAAGACAAAACAGAGUGGGAUGGGCCCAUAAAACCCAAUCGUGUAGAAACUUGGAAAGAAUUUGUGAAAUCUUUUCCAAUUAUAAAAGAUAUUAAAAUCCAAAGAUGGAUUAAUUAUACCCCAGAUAUGUGUGUAGAAAUACACGGCUUUUGUGACGCAUCUCUCAGUGCGUACGCUGCCACCGUUUACUCAAGGAUUUCAGAUUCAUCUGGAAACGUUUUUAGUUACCUUCUUACCUCAAAAACGAAAGUAGCUCCCCUGAAAGCUAUUUCGAUACCUCGGCUAGAGCUUUGUGGAGCUCUUUUGCUAACCAAGUUAGUAAACGCUGUACAAAGCAGUCUACGCCUUAAAAACUGUCCUGUCUACCUUUGGACGGACUCGAUGAUUGUACUUUAUUGGCUUCGUGACUGUCCAUCUCGGCUUGAAACCUUUGUCCGAAACCGGGUGUCUAAAGUACAAACUGAAAGUCCUCCAGGUAGCCUUUGGAAACAUGUUCCUUCAGAACAAAAUCCAGCUGACGUAGCUUCUCGAGGUGUUAUGCCUCAAAACUUAAUAAAUAAUACCCAAUGGUGGCACGGUCCAAGUUGGUUAAAGUUUUCAAAGGAAACUUGGCCAGUAACAAAAAUUCAAGAGGGCUCCGAUUGGAAUCUUGAAAUAAAACAAAUAAAAAGCUUCGUUGUGCAUCAAAAUUUCAGUCAUGAUAUUUUGAAAAGAUUUUCGUGUUAUGCUCGCGCUGUAAAAGUAAUAGCCUAUUGCUUUAGAUUUAUCAAUCUCGCUUCUCCCAAAAGAAAAAGGUUCUAUCCCUAUAGAUACUUUUCUAAAAAUUUAAGAAAUCAUGAAAUAGUUUUUGUUAAAACCCGCCUAGUUAUACUAGCACAACGCCUCUAUUUUAGUGAAGAGUUCAAAGCUCUUUAUAACUCAAAACCAUUGAGUAAAAAUAGUUCAAUUUUGACUCUUAACCCUUCCCUAGACUCUAACUUUAUAAUUAGACUAAACGGUCGUUUAACAAAUGCAAAUUUGAGUUAUAACGAAAAAUUCCCCAUUAUUUUGCCAUAUGCAUGUCCAUUAUCAAAAUUGUUGGUUGGAUUUGUCCAUAAAAUUUCCUUACAUGGAGGGAACCAGCAAGUUUUAUACUUAAUGCGAAAAGAGUUUUGGAUACCAAAAUUAAAAAACUUAAUAAAAUUCUGUGUAAAUCGUUGCAUGGUUUGUGUUUUGCACAAAAAGGAUCUUCAAACCCAGUUGAUGGGAACACUCCCACCAGAAAGGGUAAACUAUUCGUUUCCGUUCACCCACGUAGGUUUGGAUUUCGCUGGCCCCUUUGAACUAAAGGUUCAGAAGGGUCGGUUCUAUCAAGCUAUAAAAGGUUAUGCUUGUCUCUUUAUUUGCCUCUGUACAAAAGCUGUACAUUUAGAAGCAGUUGGAAGUCUCUCCACUGACUCGUUUAUGGCAGCUCUCGAUAGAUUUGUAGGACGAAGGGGUGUGCCCCAACAACUAUUUUCCGAUAAUGGUACUAAUUUCGUCGCUGCUAAUAAAGUCCUCACUAAUGAGCUUCGAAAGGCUUUGGCAGACUCAACCUCGGAAGCUGAAAAAACGUACUUGCCUAGGAAUUUGAAAUGGAACUUUAUCCCACCAGGUUCUCCUCAUAUGGGCGGCCUUUGGGAGGCCGAAACAAAGUCCUUUAAAACUCAUUUUAAGAAAGUUGUUGGAAACUCCAAGCUAACUUUUGAAGAGUUCUCUACAUUGCUCGUCAAAAUUGAGUCUUGUAUGAAUUCCCGCCCUAUUUCUCCAAUAAGUGAAAAUCCUUUCGAAUCUUUACCCUUAACACCAGGUCAUUUCUUAAAAGGUUCACCUUUGCUUUCCUUACCUGAAAGACAAAUUGGUGAAAGUACCACCCUAAAGAGUUGGCAAAGAGUUCAACAAAUUUUACACUCCUUUUCUAAGCGAUGGAAGGAAGAAUAUUUAACUGAUCUUCAGCGAAGAACAAAGUGGAAAUUUCCUAAACGUAAUGUUGAAAUUGGAGACAUUGGGGUUGUUCGCAAUGAAAAUUUGCCACCCACUUAA